UGUCGAAAAGUUUAUCAACGACCGUUGAUAAUAAGUACGGAGUUUAUGGGGUUUAGUACGUUGCUAUGAUCAUCAUGUAGAAGUCUACAAGACAUCUAGGCCUGGAUUUAUACUACUAAGCACAAAAUAGUAUCAUGCAUCGAGAUCAAGAGGUAGUUUUCAGUAUGUUGAUAGUUGAGUGGUGGGCAGAUCCUGCAUAUAGUUAUCUUUCUUGAGCUAUAUAUACCACGACACCAGAAUGAAGCUCAAGUGUCUUUUUGGUGUUGAUUUUAGCAUUAUGAUUUUCAGACUACUUAGUAACUACCAAGUAUCAAUAUUAUCGAAGGUUAAGUGCCCUUUUAGUUUGAAAUAGGACGGUUUCUAUGCAGACUAUCAGUAACUAGUAUCAUGUCUCCCAUCUAUAUCAUAUCCCAUAAUCCACAAUCCCCAGCGCAUUCCUUUUCAUCCCGAACCAUUUAUCCAAUCUCUCGUCACUUUUUUGCACGAUUGAUAAUACAUCUUCAAAGCAAACUAUAAGAUAAUUAAACUCAGUACAACACAUCCUCCAACCUCAACAUGCCAAUAACAUCACUUUUCAAAAAACUGCGCUCGCACACCUCAAGCUCAGAUCUAGACACCAUCCGCCAACAAAUUAAAUCCGACAAAGAAUACCACUCCGAAUCCAACCCCACCUAUCUCAAACUCCUCCUCGCCGCAUCAAGCCGACGACGCCGCCCCAUCAAAACAAGCAGUAUCCCACUCAACAGCUGGAACUACACUGAUCAAGAAAUAUGGCUCUUCAGAAUCUUAGUCGAGAUUUGCAAUCGUCCAGACUAUAACGCAUACGAUAUUGUCAAAAAUUGGAGCAUCGAACAUGAGUUGGAUGAACUAUAUGAGUUGGAUAUAGAGGAGUGGUCAAAAGUUCUAGGGAGCCGCAAAGAUGCUAGUACCGUUCAUGGAAUUUUGAGGAAAGCGGAGGAGAAGAAGAUGUUGAAGAAGUGUAAUUCGGGGUUUUGGAGUCGGAGGAAAGAUUCCUCGUUUUCUGAAAAGCCGCAGGAUUCGUGUAGCAGUGAUAGUUCUUCGCUUAAAAGGGUCGGAGAUUUAUAUCGUUAUAGUAAAACCUGAUUAUAAGGGAUAAUUCUUUAUACGGGACGAAUUUUUCGACUAUAUUAUUGAUUUUAUAGAGUGUUUUUCAGCUUUAUAAGGGGUUGGAUAUAUAGGGUUCUCCUUUAUAAGGAAUUCGAUUGGUUGGAUUUUUUCGUCCCUUAUUUUCAGGUUCAAAUUACUGUAUUAUGAUUCAUAAAGGCGGCCGGGCAUGUAUCGUCUGUAUAGUUGACUUUGUAUUUUCUGUAUCUUUGGAAUGGGCUUUGAAAUGGAGGAAAGAGCUUCUGAAUCAUUCGAGUUUGUGUUCCAAGUUGGAAGAAUGCAAAAGUAUACAUAUCUAAGGUUGUGUGCUGUUGGAUCGAACACUAUGGAGCCAAUUCAUUUAAAGACAUGUAACUACGAACCAAAAAGAACUCUAAUAAUGCGGACAUCACAUCACAAAUUCCGGAAAUUGGUUAGAAUACAG